UGCCGUCGCACGUCGAUGACAAUAUACCAAACACGUUGGGGCAAGACUGUGGAAUGUUGCACAAUCGGUUAGUGUACCGCCGUGACGCGGGGUCCCGAACCGUGAGUUUAUAGAAGGAAGCGCUGAGACAUCAGAGAGAAGGAUCGCUUGUGUGCCAGCUGAUCAGAAGUGAAGAUGGCUGAGGGAAAACUAGGUGCCAACAUUGGGGGCAACAUUGGCGCGGGAGCUGGCAUCCUGGCCAAACGCUUUCAGAAAUCAAUGAAUCGAGCACAAGAGAAGGUCCUGCAGAAGCUGGGGAAAACCAUGGAGACAAAAGAUGAGCAGUUUGAGGAGUGCUCUGCCAACUUGAACAAACAGCAGGCAGAUGGCAUCAGACUCUAUAAGGAUGUUAAAUCUUACUACAAUGCUGUUAAAGUGAUGCAUGAAUCAUCCAAACGCCUGUCCCAGACUCUUAAAGAUAUCUAUGAACCAGACUGGCAUGGUGUAGAAGACUUGACUGUUAUAAUGGAGAGUGAGGAUCUCCUGUGGAAUGACUAUGAGGAAAAGCUGAGCGAUCAAGUUGUUCGAACAAUGGAGAAUUAUACCGGACAGUUCCAAGAUGUCAAAGAAAGAGUGGCAAAACGAGGAAGGAAGAUGGUUGACUACGAUUCGGCUCGACAUCAUCUGGAGGCACUGCAGAACUCCAAGAAGAGAGAUGAGGCCAAAAUAUCAAAGGCUGAGGAGGAGUUCAAUAAAGCACAGGAGGUAUUUGAAGACAUUAACAAGGAGUUGAGAGAGGAGCUGCCUGUUCUUUAUCAAAGCCGUAUAAGCUGCUAUGUCACCAUGUUCCAGAACAUCUCAAACCUACGUGAUGUCUUCUACAAGGAAAUGAGUAUGUUGAAUCAUAACAUUUAUAAUAUGAUGAAGAAGCUUGAAGAUCAGCACUCCACCACACCCUUCAUCGUCAAAGGCCUUAACAGUUCAAAGUCAAAGAAGAGAAAGUCCGUUAUGAUCUCUGCCCCCAUCCCCUGUAACACCGCCUUCCCUCCUGAUCAUCCGGCCACGAGCAAGCUCAGCAUGCCCAACACCCUCAAGCACACGGACACGCGCUCAGACACUCCCUCAAAGAGCACAGGAAGCACAGCAUCUGAAAUAUCAGACUCUGAGUCCAACUCUUUUGACAGUGAACCCAACACACCCAAGCGGCAGUCUUUGUGUUCUGAGGGUGAAGGGGUUCGGUCUGAAAACGCAUCAGAAACUACCAAUGAUGAGUCUGUGCAAGCAAACGGCCAGGAACAUCAAGAUUCAGUGUCAGCUGCUGAGCUUAGAGAAGAGGAGGAAACUAAAUCAGCAGCCGCAUCAGAAGAAACCCAUCAUGCAUCUACAGAUGGAGACAAUGAGUCCUUAUCAGAUGCCCAAGACAAAACUGCACCAGUCCCAACUCCUCGAAGAUCCAGCACCUCCACGAAAGAUGAAGGAGAGACUGAUCAAUGUGCAUCAGGAUGCAGCGACGAUGUGAAAGUCCAAAAGAUAGAUUAUGAAAAUCCUCCUGGCUUCCUCUAUAAGGCUGUUGCUCUGCAGGAUCAGGACUCAGAUGAAGGUGUGCUUCUACUGUUUGAAAAGGGAGAUGUGAUCCUUACAUAUGUCGAUGAAGAAGAAGAAAAGCCGGAGGGCACUGUAUGGGGCGUGAGAGAGCAGGACUGGAUCCAGUACAAGGAUCUAACACUUCUCUCAGGCAUUGUCGAGGAGUCCUUGAUCCAGCGCAUCACCUCUGAUUAAGACAUGUCAUGAAGUGGGGGACGCAGGAUGGCAUGUGAACCAGAGGUCCCUUAAGUGCCUAUUUGAGGCUCGCAUGACUGGAUGUUGUAAUAUGAACUCUGUCUGCCCUUUCCUCUAGCCAUGAAAGACACUGACUUUUUCAGUAUACGGUGUCUUUACAACUUCCUGAUGCAGCCUUAAGACUGCAGACAGCUGCACAGUCUUUGUUCUGUUUUCAGGCUUUUUCAUGUCUUUUAUAGAUCUUAAUAUUGAUCACUCAAUUUAUAUAUCAUUCAUAGUUUUGCAGUUGUAUCUUCACUGUUCAUUUGCAUGAAUGUACCCACAUAUUGUGUAUCAGUAAAAAUGGUGUUUAUUAUGCAAAAAUAUUUCAAAAAUAUUUUCUAAGCAAUGAGUAUUAAAACACUUUUUAUGUGGCUGUUCCAAUGGCCUCUUCUUUGUGUUUGUUAACCAUGUAAUGUUGAUGUCUAUGUUGUUUCUCACAUAUGUCAGUGUUAAGAUUGACUACCAAGAUUUUCACAAUGUUUACAGGACCCAAAAAAGUGUGAGUAUUACUGUGAAACUGCUUUCUUAAAUGUACAGAGAACAUAUAAUAUUGUUUUUCUACAAUAAAGUUGACAGCUGAA